GAGCCCCGGGCGCCCGUCGGCAGCCGCGGCCAGACGCAAUGCGUGCAGCAACGCCAGAAGGGCAGCAAGGUCGGCAAGGACAAGAUCAAGAAGGCGGCGGUGGCUUCCACGGCCGAGCCCGCAAAGGCCCCCAAGAAAACGCGCCGUGGUGGCCCCGAGAGCAAGAAGGCGCGGGACGCGAAGCGGGCGGCAGCAUUCAAGGCGAAGACGGACAAGGGCGCCGACGCCAGCGAGGAAAACGACGACAAUGCCGCCGACUCCAGUAAUGAGAAGGACCACGAGGAGAAG